AUGACGCAAAAAAGAAAGUCAAUUGGAGCGGCGGCGGCGCGUGCCGGUGCAAGAAAGUCGUUAGCGAGUCGUGGAGCUCCAUCGACACCAAUUGCCGAGGUGCCAUCAGCACCGAGAGAGGAUAAAUACCCACCGGAGGAUUACGAGCCACGCGUUUUCUAUUGUGGUGUCGAGGGAGGUCUGUCGUGUACUCGAAUCGCUGUCAUCGAAAAGAAUCCGACGGAGAAAUUCAACAAGGGAAAACGAUAUUACAACACGAUUCAAGGCAUCGAUUGUUUCUAUUCCAGUCCGGAGGCGAUGACCGCCACAAUUGUCGACGGUAUCACACAGCUGAUGGCGGAGAUUACCGGUGAACCGAACACGUGGCAGCAAUGGGCGAGAAUCGAGAAGAUCGUUGUGGUGUUCCCGGAGCCGGUGAGGGAUGCGAAGAUGGAUGGGUUGGAGAGAAUGUUCCGAGAGAAGUAUGCGUUGAAGACCGCACCGAAUAGAAUCGCCGACGAGUUUCAUGUGAUGACUGAGGUUGAGAUGGUUGUACGCACGCAUUUUCGCCAUUCAGAACAUGGAAUAGCCGUUCAAUGCGGUGUCGACACUGCAUGCUUCUACAACGGCACUCAUGGCAAGAUGAAACAACACGACGUAACUCCGAGUGUCUCCGGCGACGGUGGUGCCUAUUGGAUCGCCCGUACAGUUCAUACGUUGAUUGUCGAGAGUUUCCAGAAGCAUUCGAUGCGAGUCUUCCAACCGUCUCGGUAUUAUGCGACGAAAGACAAACAGAAAGGCCACCCGAUCAUUCCGGAUUUUACCAAGAUUGUGGAUAUUAUCGCCAACAAGUUCCAAAUUCCACCGAAGACCGUCUGUGAGAGUACUGAAAUGUUCUACAGUCACUGGUUCAAACAUCGUUAUGCACAACUUUGUGAGGUGUUUGCAAAUGUUGCCGUCGAGAAUGAUACCCUCUCCAAAGUCUUCGAUUGGGCCGGUGAAACCGUCGGCAAUCUGGUCGCUGCCACCAUUAAGGAAUGGCAUAUGAGAGCGUUGAAACAAAUGGCCCCCGAAAAGGUCACUCCGUUGCCCAUCGUGCUCUACGGUCGAACGUUUGACUCGUUCCAUCUGAUGGAGGGUGGAUUCUUGGAUUCUCUCGCGAAAUCUGGAAUUCCUCAAGUGACAUUGUAUCGGAAACGUGAGAAUUCCGCUGCAGCGGCGGCUGUCUUGGCUGCUCGACUCGCCUUCAGAACCGACGCGGAGAAGGCAGUUUACGAGAUUGACGAUCCGGAGUUUAUCGAAGAGGUCACGUUCCAAAAGAUGCCACAUGUCUACUAUCCGGAAUGGGAAUCGAGUCGAGAGAAGUCUCCGGAGCAGCCGAAGAAUUCUGAGACUCCGGAGAGCCCAGCGACUCCAGAGACCCCUGAUUGUGCAUAA